GUCUCAUCUUUUAGUCGCGCCGAUGAGAAUCCCGGCGGAAGGGGAGACCUCGAAGGGCAAAAAAGUCACACAAAAGACACCCUGUCACCAACUCAUCCCUCUCCUACUCCAAACACUGGCAUCCCCGUAAUUUCCCCCAAAGCCAGGGGCACCUCCCCUCCUCUUUCCGUGCCCGGCCCCGGACCUCAAGACGGCACUGUCCCACUCUCCCCUCGCUUCCUCCACCCCUCCCCUCUCUGAACUUUUCGAAGCUUCCCUCUCUGCCCCUAUAAGUGUCCCCAUCGAUCGCCGCUGGAUUCUGUUGAGAGAGAGAGAGGGAGAGAGGGAGAGAGAGAGAGAGAGCGAGUCGGAACCCUAGCACCUCCGCGAUCACCGGAACCCUAACCCCAAUGGCGUUGGCUGCCGCUGCAAAGGAGCUCCGAUUGGUCGAUCCCCAUGUCUGGAAGGCGUGCGCUGGCCCCGCUGCCAAAAUCCCCUCCAUCGGUUCGCGCGUGUACUACUUUCCCCAGGGUCAUGCCGAGCAGUCCUCCUCCACGCCAGACUUCUCCGCCGCCUCCUGCCGCCGCCCCUUCAUCCUCUGCUCGGUCUCUGCCGUCCGUCUCCUUGCUAACCCCGACACCGACGAGGUCUUCGCCCAGAUCGACCUCGACCCCCGCUGUCUCUCGCCGCCGGCGCCGCCGCCCCCGGCCGACAUCCUUGACGGGGGUGGGGGAGUGGUGUCGUUCGCGAAGAUCCUGACUCCAAGCGACGCGAACAACGGCGGGGGCUUCUCGGUGCCGAGGUUCUGUGCGGACUCAAUUUUUCCAGGGCUGGACUUCAAGGCGGACCCGCCGGUCCAGACCAUUUCGGUUCGGGAUGUGCACGGGGCCCGGUGGGAUUUCCGGCACAUCUACCGGGGCACGCCGCGGCGGCACCUGCUGACCACCGGCUGGAGCAAGUUCGUCAACUGCAAAAAGCUCGUCGCCGGGGAUUCGGUCGUGUUCAUCAAGAACCAGGCCGGCGAGCUCUUCGUCGGUGUACGCCGCACCGGCCGGUCAUGUGGCUCGUUGGACUAUCUGCCCUAUAGCCCCUCGGCCGGAGGGGGCGUUAAACUCGAGGAGAACCUCGGCAGCGGUGAAGGGUUCUCGAGGAAUGUGAGGGGCCGGGUUCCGGCCUCAUCGGUGGUGGACGCGGUCCGAUUGGCGGAGAUGGGCUGCCCCUUUGAGGUCCUUUACUACCCGAGGUCUGGGUCGCCGGACUUUGUGGUGGCCGUGGAGGUUGUGGAGUCGGCGAUGAGGGUGUAUUGGACUGCCGGAAUGCGGGUUAAAAUGUCGGUGGACACGGAGGAUUCGUCCAGGAUGACCUGGUUUCAGGGGACGGUGUCGGCGGCCGCGGUCAAGGAUGUGGGCCCGUGGCCCGGUUCACCAUGGCGUAUGCUUCAGGUUACCUGGGAUGAACCAGAGGUUUUGCAGAAUGUCAGAAGUGUAAAUCCCUGGCAGGUGGAGCUUGUUUCUGCCCCUCCUCAGCUAUGCACUCCAUAUCCUGUUAUGAAGAAACUAAGGGGGCCACAAAGUCCAGACUUUUCUGAUGUUGGAGAGGGCAGCAUGCUCUUUCCAGUAACAGAUUUUAAGAGUACAUCCAUGGGGAAUCUAUCCCCAUCAAUCAAUUACAAUACAUUUCCUGCUGGCAUGCAGGGAGCCAGGCAUGAUCCAUUCUAUGUCCCCACUUUAUUCAAUUUCAUCCUGAGCGGCCAAAAAAUGCUCUCUGAUAAUCUGCAUGGCACUAAGAUGCAACAGAAGUUAAAUAAUGUAUCCACUAAUUUGAGUGUUGGAAGUACAUUAGUUUCAGACGGCUCAUCCCCACUGAGCAAUGGAAGUAUCCUGGACUGUGGCACAGAUCUUCUCAAAACUGUGGCUUCCAAUCCGACUACGAAAACUAGUGGAGAAACUUUUCAGUUGUUUGGUAAGAUUAUCCAGAUAGAGCAGCCUGCUGAUGUUGCUCCAGAUAAAGAGUACGGAGAGACCACAGGUGGAGUCCUACCACAUGAUUUUUCUCUCUCUUACCAACGUAAGCAGUUGCUUGAUGGUCUUGAUGUGCAACAUCAAAGAGUUUCUGCUUUGGAAGCAUGUUCUAUGUGACAGAAAUGAUGUGUGCAUCUGCCACAUGCGGCCUGUACAGGUGUCCUUGUUGAAGACAACAUGAAGGUUGCCUCCUGCAGCUCUGUCAUCCUAAUGCAUUGUCUCGGGCUUGGCAAUGUUUAACCUAGUGUGUUUCUAACUGUUAUGUUGACUUCUUCAUGUUCCUGUUGAACUCGCCUGUCUGAAAAAUUUCUGAGUCGUGGUUGAGGUACUAGCUGUUUGACAUUUUAAAGCUAGUCUGUCGUACUGUCUUCAAUGUCUUACUCCUGUUUUUGUACAUUUUUUUUGGGAUUACUGCACGGAUUAUAUCGGUAGUUGUUACCCACA